AUGAGGGAUCCCACUACCGAUAUGGAACAAAACUCACAGCAGACGACCAACGGGUCCACGGCCUCGCGUCGCAAUCCGAAUAAAUCGGUCCGCGUCGCGUUUGGUCCCGACUUAGAGACUACGAUUCCCACCCGCGAAAGAUCUCCAGCCCCGUUGAGUAGCCAUCAUCGUUCGCUCACAGCAGUUGAACACAAGCAGCCCACACUGACGCCACACGGGCGCCCAACCAGCUCUUCGGGAGAGAACAUUGCCAUCGGAGAGAUCCCACCUCGCCGUCCAUCGCCUCGGAGAUCUGAGAGUAGCCGACCGGCUAUGCUGAAGAGAGCUAAAAGUGAUUAUGGACCAAGUCGGAUAACCUUCGAUAAAGUGGCGGGCGAUGACGACGAAGAUUUCGCUAUGCGACAUGGAUGGCAGGAGGAAUAUACCUCCAGUGAAUAUCUCAAGAUCUUGCAUUCUAAUUUCUACAUGUAUUUCACCGAGAAACGCCACGAGACCAACGGUAUUCCCAGGGACCCAGUCGGGAGUUGGCCAAGCCAGGACUGGCGCAUGAAAGACCGCCUGAAAACUGUGUCUGCGGCUUUGGCAAUUUGUCUGAACAUCGGAGUCGAUCCUCCCGACGUGGUCAAGACGAACCCGACAUCAAAGCUUGAAUGCUGGGUGGAUCCGAGUUCUACCACAGGUGGUGGUCAAAACAAGAUCAUGGAGCAGAUUGGCAAGAAGCUACAGGAGCAAUAUGAGACUUUGAGUCUUCGGACAAGAUACAAACAGUAUCUGGAUCCAUCAGUUGACGAGACCAAGAAAUUCUGCAUCUCACUUCGCCGAAAUGCCAAGGACGAGCGAGUGCUUCUGCAUUACAACGGACACGGAGUGCCGUUACCAACUCAGUCGGGUGAGAUCUGGGUCUUCAACAAGAAUUAUACCCAGUAUAUCCCUGUCCCACUGUAUGAUCUGCAGUCUUGGCUAGCCGGGCCUAGUCUUUUUGUCUUUGAUGUUUCACAUGCGGGCAACAUUGUCCAAAACUUCCACACUUUUGUUGAGAAGCAUGAGAAAGAAAAUAUUGAAACCAAGAAACGAGACCCGAAUGCCGUCCUUCAGAAUUAUGGUGACUGUAUCCUCCUGGCUGCGUGCCAGAAGACGGAGUCCCUUCCGACCAAUCCCGACCUUCCUGCAGACCUAUUCACCUGUUGCUUGACAACACCGAUUGAAAUCGCAUUGCGCUUUUUCAUCUUGCAGAACCCUUUACGCACAAACAUUCCCAUUGAUGACUUCCGAGUUCCCGGUCGCCUACAAGAUCGCCGAAGCCCUCUUGGGGAGCUGAAUUGGAUCUUCACUGCAAUUACCGAUACGAUUGCGUGGAACACCUUACCUCGGGCUUUGUUCAAGAAGCUCUUCCGCCAAGAUCUUAUGGUCGCCGCUCUUUUCCGCAACUUUUUACUCAGCGAACGCAUCAUGCGCACAUACAAAUGCCAUCCGAUAUCUUCGCCGGAAUUGCCAGACACACAUCAUCACCCUCUAUGGAAAAGCUGGGACCUCGCAGUCGAGAUGGUGUUAUCUCAACUAACUGCUCUCAUUGAUCAUGAUGAAGGACGCCAGCAGUACGAGUACCAGCACUCAACGUUCUUCGCUGAGCAACUCACUGCUUUUGAGGUAUAUCUGUCGUCCGGUCCUACAGAGAAGAAUCCACCGGAUCAGCUUCCUAUUGUCCUCCAGGUUCUCUUGAGUCAGGCACACCGCUUGCGGGCCUUGAUUCUUUUGAGCAAAUUCCUGGAUCUCGGACCAUGGGCUGUCCACCUUGCACUGAGCAUUGGCAUAUUCCCUUAUGUCGUCAAAUUGCUACAAUCAGCAGCUCAAGAAUUGAAACCCGUUAUGGUUUUCAUUUGGGCGAGAAUCAUGGCAGUCGACCACACUGUACAAAAUGAUCUACUCAAAGAUAACGGCAUUCACUACUUUAUCUCAAUUCUGAAUCCCUCUUCGCCCAUUCCUGUGGGCAACGCCAGCGAACACCGGGCUAUGUGUGCUUUCAUAGUCUCAAUCUUCUGCAAAAACUACCCUCAGGGACAGAACGUCUGCCUUUCUGUCGAGCUGUUUGAUUCGUGUCUCAGGCAUCUCGGGGAUGUGGAAAAUCCUCUGCUACGGCAGUGGUCUUGUCUGUGUCUCAGUAUGCUCUGGUGCGAUUUCCCCGAAGCAAAGUGGAUGGGCAUUCGAUGUGCAGCUCCCGCUAGGCUCUGCGAGUUGAAUUUCGACCCUGUACCCGAAGUUCGUGCCGCCAUGCUUCACGCUGUGACUACGUUCUUGGGAAUUCCAGAUCUGACUGACCAAGUUGCACAAAUCGAGGAGACUUUAGCCCUGGCAGUCUUGCCCAUGUCUGCCGAUGGGAGUGUGGUCGUUAGGAAGGAGCUUUUAGUGUUCUUCUCAACAUUCGUCAGACGCCACCAAAACAAAUUUUUGGUCGCAGCAUUUGAGGAGCUUGAGGAAGAAAAGCGGUCCCUGUGUCAUCGCUGGGAGAACGAAAACUCUAAGACUAGGCGCGCCGAAGGACAAACUGGAGCAUUAGUUUCUCAUGCGAAACACCCCCAGCUGUCUCGCAAUACUACUUUCGGAACAAUCUGGAAGCAGCUGCUGGCUCUCUCGGUUGAUCCUCAUCCUGACAUCGCCCAGGAUGCCGCCGUUAUCGUUGAUUACAUUCACCUUGCCUUGCUAGAAUCCCCAAUGGCGCCACUUACUAACAAACUUCAGAACGAGAUUCUAGAAGUCACAGGCUUGACGAAAUCCCAACCUCGCGAGCGAACUGAGGUGAAGAAAACCGUGCCACCUGCAACGCCUCCCUUGUCUGGAGCAGCAGCUUCGAGACAAGAAGGCUAUCUUUCUUUGGGUUUUAGGCGAACUGCCAGCGUCGCUGCUUCCCUGAAAAACCUUGCUUUUGGCAAUUCGUCGCCAGACCUAUCCUCAGAUAAUUCAAACCCCCCUUCGCCUUCAACCAGCCGUAUGACAAUUACCCCACGCGGCCGCGCCCCUCCUGAGUGGACCCGACCCCCGGAAGGAAAUGAUCAUGUUGCUCCCGCAACAGCGUACCACCAGGCUCCGAUUCCCACAUCCCGAGGGUUCCAACCCAAGGGCAUUGAUGUCGUGCCCGUUAUUCCCCUAAAGAGUCGAUUCCUCGACUGGUCGACCGAGUAUUUCCGGGAGCCCCAAAUGAAACCCAACGAGCCGGAUGAGCCCGGUAGCUCCGACUAUAACCAGCGCCUCUGGAGACGCGGCCGCAACGAAAAGAUCAUUGCUGAAACCCAACCCCUCAAAGGAAAAGCUGGAGCAAGCCGAUGGGACAACUCGAUCGCUUUGCUAUCGAAUGGUAGCCAGCCCCACAAGAUGUGCUUCCAUCAAUUUGAGGAUCACAUUGCUGUCGCAGAUGACCGGGAUACAAUCUCAAUCUGGGACUGGCAGAGCCACAAACGCCUCAAUCAAUUCUCAAAUGGCAACCCGGUCGGGUCAAAGAUCAACGAAGUUCGAUACAUCAAUGAGGACGACCAAGCCCUGCUUAUGACUGGAUCUUCGGACGGCGUGAUCAAGCUUUUCCGCCAUUACGAGACUAAUAAGAAGAUUGAAGUGGUCACAGCCUUUAGAGCCCUUCCUGAACUGAUUCCAAGCAAUCGUAACGCAGGCCUUGUGCUUGAUUGGCAGCAAGGUCAGGGCAAAGCUCUAGUUGCAGGUGAUGUCAAGGUUAUCCGCGUCUGGAAUGCUGCUACUGAGGUGUGCACAAACGACAUUCCGGCAAGAUCGGGCUCCUGCAUCACAUCCUUGACAUCUGACCAAGUGGCGGGCAAUAUAUUCGUUGCCGGUUUCGGUGAUGGUGCUGUCCGAGUCUUUGAUCAACGGUUGAAGCCAACCACAUCCAUGGUCAAAGUUUGGCGCGAGCACAAGCAAUGGAUUACAAAUGUUCAUAUGCAGCGUGGCGGUCUACGAGAAUUGAUAUCAGGUGGCCGAAAUGGUGAAGUCCGACUUUGGGAUCUUCGCAUGGAUAGCCCGAUCUCCACCAUCUAUGCUACUAAAGACACCCUGCGGACCUUAAGUGUUCACGAGCACGCUCCUGUUUUCAGCGUGGGUACAAAUCGCCACGAAGUCAAGACUUUCAAUGUGGAUGGCACCUAUCUUUCUACGUUUGAGCCAUACUCGAGCUUCCUUCAUCACAAUCGAUCCUCGCCCAUUGCCUGCACUGCCUUCCAUCCCCACCGGACUGUGCUUGCCUGCGCCGCAUUGAAUGACCAUCAUGUGAACCUAGUGUCCUGCUAA